GCUUUGUUGUUAAAAGGGAAGUGAUUGCUGGUUUUUUAAUGGGUUUUCCCAGCUAGACACAGAAACUGAUCAGCGUUGCACUUGACUGCUUCUCUCAUGAUAGCAAGUGAGAGACAGAGAAAAAGAUUGUUCUCCAGGAAGAUUUACUUCUAACACUUCAUUAUCCUGGUUGCGGGGAGGUGGCUAGGCUGAGAAUGUUCUCCCGUUGGUUGGGCUGAGCUAUGAGGGGCAAGGACUAGAAGACAGUAAGAUGACAUGAAGGGCCCUCUUUUUCAUGAAUUUACUACCCUUUUCUCAGGGAAUGAGAGACUGAGAUAGUAUAAGUCUCCACCAGGGCUCCAUACACACAACCAACCCUGCUUCUUUCUGGCUCCCAGGGCAGGGAGCCCAAGUAUCGGUAGCAGACCCCCAAUUGAAAAGAGGCAGCCUAGCUCCUUAGCAGUCUAACCUGGAUCAGCCACAUGUGGGGUUUCAGCCUCCAUGCACCGAGGGGAUUUGAUCCCCAACCAAGCAGAUGAGAGCUGCUAACCCUUCCUCCCCCACUCUGAAAUUCCUUUCCCAAACUAACCCCAGCUUCCUUUUACUUAUCCUUUAAAGGUGGGAAAGGUAGGAAAAUUUGCUUAGAAGUUCCUUUGCAAAUUCCCUGCUGAUUCUCAAGUUUUGUCCCUAAUCUCUAAGUCCCUCCAACUCCAGGGCUAGGUCCUCUUGAUUCUGAGAACCCUAAGCCUCCAGUGGUGCUAGCUUUGAUUACUGGUUUGCUUGCUGCCUCUCCGGACUAAACGGUGUGAACUCUGUCACCAGAGCAAGGGGUUUCUCAGGUGGUCUCAUUUAAUGCAUACAACACCCCCCCUGCGCUGUAGGCAUAGUAUUUCACAGGUGAGGAAACUGAGGCUUGCAGUGGGGGCGGGGCUGCCCUCUGCCCCAGGAGCUACGGGUCUGCCAGUAGUGGAUCCGGAAAAGCCCCUUGCCCUGUCCUAUUGGUCGGGUUCAGCCUGUAGGUCUAGGGGCGCCCCAAGCCUCCUGCCUUUCCCCUGGGCACCCCGGGGAGACGCAGUUGAAACUCUGAUAGUGCGGAAAGCUUCCCCGCGCCCUUCCUUGCCCUGGAGGGGUGGAAAAACACUUCUUUCCCUCAGCGGCUUUGUUGGCUGCUUCUCAACUUGCGCCUCCUCCCGUUACUGCCGCCGUGACCUCGCGGCUGCCGAGCACCGUCCCUGGCCCGGGGAACCGCUGUGGCCUGGAGCUGCCAAUAAACCAGAAAUCAGUGGGCCCGGGGCCGCGGCUCCAACUGUCCACGCUGCUGCAGGCAAGCUCUGCUUUCACCGCCAGAAAAGGGGCCCCGCCAUUCUAGUUUUGUCCCCAAAGCAGAGGUGCUUUGAUAUUCCGGGUUUAAAUUGGAGAGCGUGGCCCAGGCGGCAGGUCCCCGCGGCCUGGCCGGGCUGGGUGCUGGUGCAGCCCAGCUGGGGAGCUCAACUUUGGCUACUCCCUCCGGCCAUAAAUUAGUCGCGCCUCCUCCCACGGGCUCUCCCGGCCUCCUUCCCGCUUGCCUACGCCCUGCGAGCUGGCAGUUCUCAAAUCCAAACCUCCAGGCCCGGCUGUUGAGGCAUUGGGGCCUGCAGGGCGGUAACCCAGGUAGAAUUCAUUGGGGUCCCUGCAAUCCGAACUCACCCGCCUAAUGACCCCUUUCCCCAGGCCCUGGCGUGCAUUUCCUAGUGGUCCAUGUCUCUUCCGCCCCUGCGGGCUCUCUCUGCCCACCACCUGCGUCGGUUAGGACGCCUCGGAGGCUCUCCUCUUCGUAUCCUCCUCCACCUCCUUUCUCCAAUAGCACCCCAACUUUUUCCAGUUCUCACCUGAACCCCAGAAGUGCAAUUUCUUCUCUCCAGACUAAAACCAGACCCACAGCCGGUGGAACAGACCCGGAGCCCUCCACGCUAGGCUGCAAGCUACUUGCUUAACAAGUCCAAAGGUCAGCCAAAGUUUGGGUGAUAAACAGAACCAGUACAAGAAGAUCUUCGGCCCCCCCCAGCGUGAGUACAAUGGACCCUGGUAAGCCCUGCUCCCCGCCCGGGUCUCCAGCUCUCCACAUCUGCUCCUCCAGCUCACUCUCUCUCCCUUAGCUUUCCCCUCUCCCCACAACAAUUUGCAUCUUGCCGAUAGCCAGGCCCUCCCCACUAAUUUGCAUAUCUUAUAUGGCCUAAUGGUGGCGAUCAUGGCAAGUUAGAAGUUUUCUGACUCCUCUCGGAGGAGACUCCGGGACCCCGGGGAGUAACAGGUGUCUGGAAGUUGAAGGGUGGGGGGGUUCCUGGACUUGGGGUUCGAUUUUGAAACUCCCCUCCACCCUCCUCUCUCGCACCCACCCACCCCCUCACUCCCUUCUUUUUCUGUCCUUGGAAAAUGGUGUCCAAGCUCACGUCGCUCCAGCAAGAACUCCUGAGCGCCCUGCUGAGCUCCGGGGUCACCAAGGAGGUGCUGGUCCAGGCCUUGGAGGAGUUGCUACCAUCCCCGAGUUUCGGGGUGAAGCUGGAGACUCUGCCCCUGUCCCCCGGGAGCGCUGCCGAGCCCGACACCAAGCCGGUCUUCCAUACUCUCACCAACGGUCACGCCAAGGGUCGCUUGUCCGGGGACGAGGGCUCCGAGGACGGGGACGACUAUGACACCCCUCCCAUCCUCAAGGAGCUGCAGGCUCUCAACACCGAGGAGGCGGCGGAGCAGAGGGCGGAGGUGGACCGGAUGCUCAGCGAGGACCCUUGGAGGGCUGCCAAAAUGAUCAAGGGGUACAUGCAACAACACAACAUCCCGCAGAGGGAGGUGGUCGAUGUCACCGGCCUGAACCAGUCACACCUCUCCCAGCAUCUCAACAAAGGCACCCCUAUGAAGACCCAGAAGCGUGCUGCCCUGUACACCUGGUACGUCCGGAAGCAACGGGAGAUCCUCCGACAAUUCAACCAGACAGUCCAGAGUUCUGGAAAUAUGACAGAAAAAAGCAGUCAGGAUCAGCUGCUGUUUCUCUUUCCAGAGUUCAGUCAGCAGAGCCAGGGGCCUGGGCAGUCCGAUGACACCUGCUCUGAGCCCGCCAACAAGAAGAUGCGUCGCAACCGGUUCAAAUGGGGGCCCGCUUCCCAGCAAAUCUUGUACCAGGCCUACGACCGGCAAAAGAACCCCAGCAAGGAGGAAAGGGAGGCCUUGGUAGAGGAGUGCAACAGGGCAGAAUGUUUGCAGCGAGGUGUCUCCCCCUCCAAGGCCCAUGGCCUGGGCUCCAACCUGGUCACCGAAACAGGGGUAGAGAAGGCAACUUUGUUUUCUUAUCCUCCUCCUGUAAAAACAAGGGGAGCUGAGUCAGCAUCCGAGGGACCCAUGGCGCUAACAUUUGCUUUUACGUUGGGUCUGCCCUGUUUUGCAGGAGUGCGCUACAGCCAGCAGGGAAACAAUGAGGUCACUUCCUCCUCAACAAUCAGUCACCAUGGCAGCAGUGCCAUGGUGACCAGCCAGUCGGUUUUACAGCAAGUCUCUCCAACCAGCCUGGACCCAGGCCACAAUCUCCUCUCACCUGAUGGUAAAAUGAUCUCAGUCUCAGGAGGUGGGUUGCCCCCUGUCAGCACCUUGACGAACAUCCACAGCCUGUCCCACCAUAAUCCCCAGCAAUCUCAAAACCUCAUCAUGACCCCCCUCUCUGGAGUCAUGGCCAUUGCACAAAGCCUCAACACAUCCCAAGCACAGAGCGUCCCCGUCAUCAACAGUGUGGCCGGCAGCCUGGCAGCCCUGCAGCCCGUCCAGUUCCCCCAGCAGCUGCACAGCCCUCACCAGCAGCCCCUCAUGCAGCAGAGCCCGGGCAGCCACAUGGCCCAGCAGCCCUUCAUGGCGGCUGUGACUCAGCUGCCAAACCCGCACAUGUACACACACAAGCAGGAACCCCCCCAGUAUUCCCAUACCUCCCGGUUUCCAUCUGCGAUGGUGGUCACAGAUACCAGCAGCAUCAGUACGCUCACCAACAUGCCUUCCAGUAAACAGUGUCCUCUCCAAGCCUGGUGAUGCCCACCCAUCACUUACUUUGUGCCCAGCAACAAGGGCCCGAUUUUCCACACCAUCCCCCUCUGGGCAGCUGUCACAGGAAAGCCCAACGACCUGACAAACACCUGUGAGAGGUCCCUGCUUUCCUGACAUUCUGCUGGCUCCUCAGACAGUCCACUCCAGAGAGGUGCGAGCCGAAGCCCAGCUUCCCUUUUAUGCAGUAUUGUCACGAUGCCUCUCCCAACAUGUCACGUGCUCCCAUCCACGCUGGAGGCCGGGGACAGGAAACCAUGGAAGAGGAAGAGAGAAAGCUGUUUUGUCUACAUUUGCUUCUUCAUCGAACAAACUGAUGUGAAAACUUGAAUCUGUUACUGAAAGGAGGAGAGGAGGCCGCGUGCUAUUGAACUGAGCCAAACACACUGUAAAUAUCAGCAAACUCCCUCCCCGACCCCAUCCCAACUGAUCUUGAGAUUUCUUUUAAAGAAGCAAAUCUGUCCAAUAGAUGUAAACUAUAAACUACUGUAAUUAAGUGCAAUUUCCGCUCCACUUCCUCUCCUCUCUGCCCUGUAUAUAAUACAAAAGUGUCUAUUAGUUUCCUUUGCAAAGGUCAGAGUUGAAUUUUCAAAGUGAUUUGCUCCCUUCCUCUUUCCCCAUGGAGAAAUAUCCUAAGUUGGAAGUGAAGCCUUUGCCCCCUCCCUCAGGCCUGUACACACACAGGGACUGUAUGUUUUGGACUGAUUACCAGCUAACUCUAAUCUCCUGUUGUUAAGACACACCUCUGGAUCCCUGGAGGGGCUGAACACAGUGUCAGAGUAACGUCUUGGCUUCUGGUGGGGCUAGGAGCUCAGCCAGUACACCCCCAAGACACCCCAAGGCAGGGAAACUCACUGUUUGAUAGCACAAGAAAAAGUUGGCCUUUCAGAAAGCCUCCCAUUAAAACAAUUUAUUUUAUCACUG